AUGGAGAACAAGGAGGUGGGAACACUCCCGACCACCCCACGCAGGGAGUGGCGGCUCCAGCCUACCCUGGUCCUGGCCACCCUGAGUGCAGCCUUUGGAUCAGCCUUCCAGUAUGGCUACAACAUUGCUGUGGUCAACACACCACACAAGGUCUUGAAGUCAUUUUACAAUGAAACCUACUUUGAGCGACAUGCGACAUUCAUGGACGAGAAGGCCAUGCUGCUCCUGUGGUCUUGCACCGUGUCCAUGUUUCCUCUGGGUGGCCUCUUGGGGUCAUUGGUCGUUGGCCCGCUGGUCGACAGGUGUGGCAGGAAGGGGACCCUGCUGAUCAAUGACAUCUUCGCCAUCGUCCCUGCCAUCCUGAUGGGAGUCAGUAAAGUGACCAAGGCUUUCGAGCUGAUCAUCUUUUCCCGAGUGGUGCUGGGGGUCUGUGCAGGCAUCUCCUACAGUGCCCUCCCCAUGUACCUGGGGGAACUGGCUCCCAAGGACCUCAGGGGUGCUCUGGGAACAAUGACCGAGGUUUUCGUCAUCUUCGGAGUCCUCCUUGCCCAGAUCUUCAGCCUCCAGGCCCUCCUGGGCAAUCCUACAGGCUGGCCGGUGCUCCUGGCCCUCACGGGAGUGCCUGCCCUACUCCAGCUGCUGACCCUGCCCUGCUUCCCCGAGAGCCCCCGCUAUUCCCUGAUUCAGAAGGGAGAUGAGGCCACAGCGCGGAGAGCUCUGAAGAGGCUGCGAGGCUGCGUAGACGUGGAGGCUGAGCUGGAGGACAUGCGGGCGGAAGCCCGGGCUGAGGCCGCCGAGGGCCACCUGUCGCUGCUUCGCCUCUGCGCCUUCCGCCCCCUGCGCUGGCAGCUCCUCUCUGUCAUCGUGCUCAUGGCUGGCCAGCAGCUGUCGGGCAUCAAUGCGAUCAACUACUACGCGGACACCAUCUAUGCGUCUGCUGGCGUGGAGGCUGUGCACUCCCAGUAUGUCACAGUGGGCGCUGGCGUCGUCAACAUUGUGAUGACUGUCAUCUCGGCGGGCAUGGUGGAGCGGCUGGGGCGACGGCACCUCCUGCUGGCCGGCUAUGGCAUCUGUGGCUCCUCCUGCCUGGUGCUCACCGUGGCGCUCCUCUUCCAGAGCACGGUCCCUGAGCUAUCCUACCUUGGCAUCAUCUGUGUCUUCGCCUACAUCGCGGGACACUCCAUCGGACCCAGUCCCGUCCCAUCGGUGGUGAGGACUGAAAUCUUCCUGCAGUCCUCACGGCCAGCUGCAUUCAUGGUGGACGGGGCCGUGCACUGGCUCACUAACUUCCUCGUGAGCUUCCUGUUCCCGACCCUCCAGGAAGCCAUUGGUGCCUACUGUUUCAUUAUCUUUGCCGGCAUCUGCCUCCUCACUGCUGUUUACAUCUAUGUGGUUAUUCCUGAGACCAAGGGCAAGACAUUCGUGGAAAUCAACCGCAUCUUUGCCAAGAGAAACGGAGUGGAGAUUCCAGAUGAAGAGAAAGAAGAAAUCAGUGGUGCUGGGCCUCCCAGACUCCCUCCGCCUGCCAAGGAGACUUCCUUUUAG